CUGCUCCACCGGGUUCAGGUGAGAAAGUUCUCCAAGGAGUGAUUUCUUUGAAAACACUUACUUUAAUUCUUCUCUUUUGUAUUUGUCCUGAAUGAGCACAAUGAAGCUUUUCACAGGCCUCAUUCUCUGCUCCUUGGUGCUGGGAGUCCACAGCCGAUGGUUUUCCUUCCUUGGUGAGGCUUAUGACGGGGCUAAAGACAUGUGGCGAGCCUACUCUGACAUGAGAGAAGCCAGGUACAAAGAUGCAGACAAGUACUUCCACGCCCGGGGCAACUAUGACGCUGCCCGAAGGGGACCUGGGGGCGCCUGGGCUGCUGAAGUGAUCAGCGAUGCCAGGGAGAAUAUUCAGAGAGUCACAGACCUUUUUAAGCAUGGAGACAGUGGCCACGGACGGGAGGACUCGGAGGCCGACCAGUUUGCCAAUAGAUGGGGCCGGAGCGGCAAAGACCCCAAUUACUUCCGACCUCCUGGCCUGCCCGACAAGUACUGAGCUGCCUCUCACUCUGCUCAGGAGACGACGGGGCUGUGAGCCCCCAAGGGCAGGGACGCUGAGCUUGUGAGUUCUCUGUCCACAGAAGCCAGCAGAUCUAAUAAAUGCUUAAGAGAUUGAA